GCAGGACAUUUGCAGAGCAAAAUGUAUCUUUUGCUCGAGAUCCCCUUGUUUAUAUUGAUUAUCCUUUAUUCCUACUUGGAGGCUUUUGUCAAGCUUUUCAUUCCUGCAAAAAGAAAACUUGUCACUGGAGAGAUUGUCCUGAUCACCGGAGCUGGCCAUGGACUUGGGAGAGCCACAGCUUACGAAUUUGCGAAGCAUCGCUCCAUAGUAGUUCUCUGGGAUAUCAAUAAGGCAGGCAUUGAAGAAACGGCUGCAGAAUGCGGAAGACUCGGAGCCACAGCUUAUCCCUUCGUGGUGGAUUGCAGCAAGAAAGAGGAAAUCUACUGCGCUGCAGAGAAGGUGAAAAGACAAAUUGGGGAUGUGUCUAUCUUGAUGAACAAUGCUGGGGUGAUCACCACUACAGAUCUUCUGUCAACUGAAGACCAUGAUAUUGAGAAGAUAUUUGAAGUCAACAUUCUUGCUCAUUACUGGACUUCAAAAGCAUUCCUGCCAGCCAUGAUGGAGAACAGCCAUGGCCAUAUUAUCACUGUGGCAUCUGCCGUGGGUCAUAUCGUCGCUCCUUUUAUUGUGCCUUAUUGCUCAAGCAAAUUUGCUGCUGUUGGCUUGCACAGAGCUCUGACCAUGGAACUGAGUGCGUUGAAAAAGAACGGGGUCCAAACUUCUUGUGUCUGUCCUAUGUUUAUAAAUAGUGACUUUGUCAAAAAUCCAUCUUCAAGACUGAUGCCACCUUUGGAGCCUGAACAAGUUGCGAAACAAGUGAUGGAGGGAAUACUAACCAACCAGAGCAUGAUCUUUAUUCCACCAUUUCUGAAAUUCAGUGUAAUGCUAGAUAGGUUUCUUCCUGCUCGAGCAAUUCCAGCUUUGUGGAAGCUGAAUGACAUUAAAUUUGAUGUUGUUGUUGCAUAUAAGGACAAAGAAAAAUAA